AGCUCCCCUCCCUCCCGGCGCUGACUCUCGGCCAGAAGAGGAAAGGCUGUCUCCACCCACCUCUCGCACUCUCCCUUCUCCUUUAUAAAGGCCGGAACAGCUGAAAGGGUGGCAACUUCUCCUCCUGCCGCCGGGUGCAGCCCGUCUGCCUCCCCGCGCGCCCGCAGCCUCCCCCGCUGCCUCUCUAAGGGCUCCCCUCCGGCCGCCAGCGCCCAUCUUUCAUUCCCGAGAUAGAGAUAUUUUGCGCACACACACACAUAACACACACGCGCAAAAAGGUGGGGGGGAAGCCCACCCUCCAGCCUCGUUGCAAAAAGAAAGCCGGAGCAGCCGCAGCUCGCAGCCCGCAGAGGACGCCCAGAGCUGCGAGCGGACUGACAGAAGGACAGACGGAAUCGCGCCGCGUCCACCUGUCUGCCGCGCCCGGCACUGCGCGCAGCGGGCACGCCCCGCGCGCGGAACAGCCGUGCCCGCCGCCCGGGCCCCGCGCCAGGGCGCACACGCUCCGGCCCCCCCUCCCCCGGCCCGGGCAGGAGUUUGCACCUCUCCCUGCCCGGGUACUCGGGCCGCCGCUGCAAAGCCAACUUUGGAAAAAGUUUUUUGGGGGAGACUUUGGUUUUGAGGUGCCCAGCUCUGCACUUUCCGACUUCGGGAACCUUUCUAGAAAAUGUUGCAAAAAAGCUAAGCCGGAGGGCAGAGGAAAACGCCUUUAGCCGGACGAACCAUCGAAGACGAACCACAGACUGCCGUGUUCUUCCUCCUCUUGGAGGUUGGAGUCCCCUGGGCGCCCCCACACGGCUAGACGUCUCUCCUGGUUCGCGACGCAGACCCCAGGCCGUGGAUGCUCUCUCGGGCUCGGGAUCCGCCCAGGUAGCGGCCUCGGACCCUGGUCCCGUGCCCAGGCCUUCCCCAGCCUCCAACGACGGAGACGGGGUCGAGGGCGGCGGCGCCCAGGGGCCAUGCGGGUGAGCCGCGGCGGCGGCUGCAGAGGCCUGAGCGCCUGAUCGCCGCAGACCCGAGCAGAGCCCACCUCCCUCCCCAGCCCCCGCCCCCCACCCUGGCCUCGGGGGCGGCGCGCUCGGUACACGCGUCCGGGGCCCCGUGGGGCCGGGCCCGGAGUCGGCAUGAAUCGCUGCUGGGCGCUCUUCCUGUCUCUCUGCUGCUACCUGCGUCUGGUCAGCGCCGAGGGGGACCCCAUUCCAGAGGAGCUCUAUGAGAUGCUGAGUGACCACGCAAUCCGCUCCUUCGAUGACCUCCAGCGCCUGCUGCAUGGAGACUCCGUAGGUGAAGACGGGGCUGGGCUGGACCUAAAUGUGACCCGGCCCCAUUCUGGAGGCGAGCUGGAGAGCUUACCCCGUGGGAGGAGGAGCCUAGGUUCCCCGACGGUUGCUGAGCCAGCCAUGAUCGCUGAGUGCAAGACCCGCACCGAGGUGUUUGAGAUCUCCCGGCGCCUCAUAGACCGCACCAACGCCAACUUCCUGGUGUGGCCGCCCUGCGUGGAGGUGCAGCGCUGCUCUGGCUGCUGUAACAACCGCAACGUGCAGUGCCGCCCCACCCAGGUGCAGCUGCGGCACGUUCAGACAACCAGCUCCCGCCUCGUCACAGCCCCUGACCUUGGCUGGCGCUCCCGGAAUGAGGACACCACAGUCUCCAUGCUCAACCCGGAAAUGCCUUUCUCCCUUUCUGGAAGCGCCAAGGGGGGCUGUGGCCAAGCUAGAAGCCAGGUGAGAAAGAUCGAGAUUGUGCGGAAGAAGCCGACCUUUAAAAAGGCCACGGUGACCCUGGAGGACCACUUGGCGUGCAAGUGUGAGACAGUGGUGGCUGCACGACCCGUGACCCGAAACCCGGGGAAUUCCCAGGACCAGCGAGCAGCGAGGACGCCCCAAACUCGGGUGACCAUUAGGACAGUGCGGGUCCGCCGACCCCCCAAGGGGAAGCACCGGAAAUUCAAGCACACACAUGACAAGAUGGCACUGAAGGAGACCCUCGGAGCCUAGGGACAUCUGCAGGAGAGCGCGGGCAGGGUUAUUUAAUAAGGUAUUUGCUGUAUUGCCCCCAUGGGGUCCUUGGAGUGAUAAUAUUGUUCCCCUCGUCCGUCUGUCUCGAUGCCUGAUUCGGACGGCCAAUGGUGCUUCCCCCACCCCUCCACGCACCCGUCCACCCCUCUGCCAGUGGGUCUUCCUUCAGUGCCUCCAGCAUCUUGCCCAGGAGCUCAAGAAGGAAACAAAGGACCUGAACUCCAUCGCUGUCUUCCUGCCUGCCCAGGAAUCUGGGAGAAGAGUGCAAGAGAGGCCGGUGGAGUCACUGUUUGGGGCAAGGACCUCCCUUCCCCAGCAACUGUCCAAGGCCCCACCCGAGAGCCGCGGACUGGCCCAAACCCUGCACAUGGCUGAGGACCUCUAGGCAUGGCCUGCCUGGUCCUUGGACUCCCAGCCAGCUCUGAAGAGAACAUCCCCAGGCAGGCCACUUAACUCAUAUUCCUGUGGCUGAGACCACGUGGGGGAGCGUAGGCUGGAGAAAGGCCCCUCUUGCAGUGCCCAUGCCCAGCCACCUUUCCCUGUCACCUCUGCUCACACAGUGGCUUCCUUUCAUUUUAUACAAAUGAAACCUUUGAAGAUAAGGACUCCUCCAGGCGGCUCAGACGGCUUAGAGAUGAAGUUUGCCCCGGAGGUGGACAUAGAUGGUGACCUGGGCGUCCAUUGCCUCCUUACCCCUUCCAGUCCCUCCUUCACUUCCUCCUGUGUUUCAUCUCUCUACCUCCAACCUGCAUUUUCCUCUUGUCCUGGCCCUCAGUCUGUUCUACCAUGGGGCUCUUGCACCACUUAUUGAGGCCCUGAACAACCCCAGUCACUGCUCCAUUGGGCAGAAGACCAGCGGCCAGGGUGGCAGAGGGCCUGCCCAUCAUACCCCAGUGCAGCCAAGACUGUAAGGUAGUGCAGGGUAUGCACUGCACAAGGGCACUGCAUGCCGGGAUCACCAUUCCCACCAUAAACUUGAUUAAUUUGUGUAUUUGUUAAAAAACAGUUGGCAGAUGGAGGUCAAAUGUCCUGAGGAAAGGAAUCCUUUUCCUAAUUGGCACAAAAGCUCUGUGUGGACUGGCUAUGCCCCUGACCCAGCCCAUGGCUUGGGGUGGUCAGACAGGAGGGAGCCCAUGCAUGCUGCUGUGCAUCUGGCCUCCACAUCUCCAAGUGCUCAGCUUAAGCAGCCCCCCUUCCAGCAGGUAUGGAAAACCCGAGAGGAAGUCACCGAGAGAGGGGGUCAGCCCUUGCCCCCCGCUGCACGCUGCCACCGCCUGAGAUCCAUUUGCGUUCCACCUACGGUGGUUCCUCCCAGGAAACCAGCUCCUGGGCUGGGAGUGGGGGUGGAGAGGGAAGGGGAAAGGUCCCCAGGGCCCGUAGGGGUGGGGUCUGAGCUCCCACCUCCCUUUCUACCUCCCACUGCGCUUCCCCCCUCCCCCUCUCCAAAAUCUGCUUCCUUCAGUUUGUAAAGUUGGUGAUUAUAUUUUUGGGGGCUUUCCUUUUAUUUUUUAAAUGUAAAAUUUAUUUAUAUUCCGUAUUUAAAGUUGUAAAAAAAAAAUAACCACAAAACAAAACCAAAUGAA